UACGCCUCGGAGCGAGCAGGAAUUAACAGCAGAAGGAGGCCUCGAGACUCUUGCAGAAAGAAGUACUUCGAGAGACUCUUGCAGCAAGAAGGACCCAGUAGGGGAGAGAGGCAUAUCCUGGGGCUCCCCUCCGCAGGCCCUCCCACCCCAAGACCCCACCCCUGUCUUGCACUUCCUUCCCUGGGAGCCGCCCAGGAUCCCACAUGUGCUUUGCAGACCUCGGAUGCUUGGAGGGAGCUGCUGAUGCUGCAGGAUUCUCUCCCCCACCGCCCCUCCUAUUUCUCAAUUAGAAGCAAAGUUUGGCAGGUAAAUUAAGUGCUUAUUUGGAGAGAGAAAUAACUUCACAAGAAAGACUCUUUGGUCAUUUGGGACUAACUGCUUGACCAGGAGGAUCUUAUGGUUACAUUGGAAGUUAGAUUUGAGAUGAAAGAAAAAAUGGAUUUGCAAAGUACAGUAAGAAAUAAAGAAAAAGACCCCCACAGUAUCCCGGCUGGGAGUGGCAAAGAAUUCUGGGAAAGGAUGGUGCAAAAGAUCCUGAAAAGAGAGCCUACCAGCACCAAUAUCGAAUGCCAGAGUCUCAGGCAGUUCCCCUACCAGAAGGCUGAAGGACCCCGAGACAUUUGCAGCACACUCCACACCAGUUGCCAUCAGUGGCUGAAGCCCGAAAAGCACACCAAAGCUCAGAUGCUGGACCUGGUGAUCCUGGAGCAGUUCCUGACUGUCCUGUCCCCGGAGAUGGAGAGCUGGGUCAGAGAAUGCGGAGCGGAGACCAGUUCCCAGGCAGUGGCCCUGGCAGAAGGUUUCCUCCUGAGCCAGGCAGAGGAGAAGAGGCAGGAGGAGGAGCAGGCACUGGGUAUGUUAGCCAACAUGGCCACUGAUCCCCUGCAGGCAGAGAAGGCUCUGUCAGACACCAGGCAGAGGCUGCUCGUCAGGGGGAUCGUGCGGGAGGAGAAGGAGGAUGGAGGAACCACCUCACUGGGCUGUGAAAUGUCCCUCAACAUUCUCUCUAGUCCUUCUCCUCUUAGUGGUGGAGAGGAAGGUGUUGCUGUGCAGUCACUGGAUCAGGGACCCGUGUCCUUUGAGGAGGUGGCUGUGUGUUUCUCCGAGGAGGAGUGGUCUCUGCUGGAUCCAGACCAAAGGGCUCUGCACAGGGAAGUCAUGGAGGAGACUUCUGGGCAUCUGGCCUGGCUGGGUAAUCGGAGGACGAACCGAAAAAAGGGGAAAGUGCACAGAAGAAGAACUAGAGAAAAAGAGAAGAAGAAUUCAGCAGCUUCUGAAGGGACAGACUUCCAUGCAGUUCCAGUCGAAGAUAAGACUAGUAACCGCACUCUGAGUGGAAGCAUCUUAACUAAUAAAUCACACCUUGGUGCACAUGACAGCAUCGAUACAAGAGUGAAAGCAUAUCAAUGUACAGUGUGUGGGAACAGCUUCCGGAAUUGGUUGAACUUGUAUGAACAUCAAAAAAGCCAUACAGGAGAGAAACUGCCCUUAGAGUGUGGAAAGAGAUUCAGUCGUGACACUGCCCUUGCUGUCCCCCAGUGUGUCUGCAAAGGAAAUACAUGCUCUAAAUACAGUAAGAGCUUCAAUGGCAGAGCUGAGCUUCCUUCCCAUCAAAGUUGCCACACAGGAGAGAAACCCUAUACAUGCUCAGAGUGUGGAAAGAGCUUCAGUUGGAAGUCACACCUUUCUGUCCAUCAAAGAAUCCACACAGGGGAAAAACCAUAUAUGUGCUCAGAGUGUGGAAAGAGCUUCGGACGGAAGAACAGCCUUUCUGCCCAUCAAAGAAUCCACACAGGUGAAAAACCAUAUACGUGCUCAGAGUGUGGAAAGAGCUUCAGAAAGAAGGACCAUCUCUCUGCCCAUCAUAGAAUCCACACAGGGGAGAAACCAUAUACAUGCUCAGAGUGUGGGAAGAGCUUCAGUGAGAAGGGCAAACUUUCUGCCCAUCAGAGAAUCCACACAGGGAAGAAACCAUAUACGUGCUCAGAGUGUGGAAAGUGCUUCAGUCAGAACAGCAGUCUCUCUGCCCAUCAGAAAAUCCACACAGGGGAGAAACUAUAUACCUGCUCAGAGUGUGGAAAGAGAUUCAGUCAUAUGUACAAGCUGUCUAUCCAUCAAAGAAUGCACACAGGGGAGAAACCAUAUACGUGCUCAGAGUGUGGAAAGCGCUUCAGUCAGAACAGCAGUCUCUCUGCCCAUCAAAUAAUCCACACAGGGGAGAAACCAUAUACGUGCUCAGAGUGUGGAAAGAACUUCGGAUGGAAGGUCAGUCUUUAUGCCCAUCAAAUAAUCCACACAGGGGAGAAACCAUAUACGUGCUCAGAGUGUGGAAAGCGCUUCAGUAAGAAGAGCAAUCUCUCUGUCCAUCAAAGACUACACACAGGGGAGAAACCAUAUAUGUGCUCAGAGUGUGGAAAGAGCUUCAGAUGGAAGGCCAGACUUGCUGCCCAUCAAACAAUCCACAUAUGGGAGAAAGACUCGACUUGA